AUGGCCUGCUCGCGUCCUUCGAUCUGUAGUCGAUUUGCGGGUCGUGGUGUAGAUCUGCGGGCUGUGAUGAAGUUCGUGUUCGAGAUGCAGAUCUUCGUUAAGACCCUCACUGGCAAGACCAUCACCCUUGAGGUUGAGUCCUCAGACACUAUUGACAAUGUCAAGGCUAAGAUCCAGGACAAGGAAGGCAUUCCUCCGGAUCAGCAGAGGCUGAUCUUUGCUGGCAAGCAGCUCGAGGAUGGCCGUACCCUAGCUGACUACAACAUCCAGAAGGAGUCCACCCUCCACCUGGUGCUCAGGCUCAGGGGAGGCAUGCAGAUCUUCGUCAAGACCCUCACUGGCAAGACUAUCACGCUUGAGGUCGAGUCUUCUGACACGAUCGACAACGUGAAGGCCAAGAUCCAGGACAAGGAGGGAAUCCCCCCGGACCAGCAGCGUCUCAUCUUCGCUGGCAAGCAGCUUGAGGAUGGCCGCACCCUCGCUGACUACAACAUCCAGAAGGAGUCGACUCUCCACCUUGUGCUCAGGCUCAGGGGUGGCAUGCAGAUCUUCGUCAAGACACUCACUGGCAAGACCAUCACCUUGGAGGUGGAGUCCUCGGACACCAUUGACAAUGUGAAGGCGAAGAUCCAGGACAAGGAGGGCAUCCCCGGACCAGCAGCGCCUCAUCUUCGCCGGCAAGCAGCUUGA